GGAGGGAGAGAUAAGAUAGUGAAGACAGACGAUGUACUCGAUAGGUCAGUUUGAAGUCAUACGUUUGAAGAGUGUCAGUUAAGUGGAAGUCCAUCGGCAAUCAUGCCAGCUUGCUCGGCCGAGACCGUUGGAACGAUGUGGUCACCAACGCCACCCACUCCGUCGACGCCUAUUUCUUGUUCUCCUCCACCGAGACUGCUAAGGUCCACCAGUUCGACGUUCACUCUGCUGGAUAGACGAUAUUUGACCCCUUCGCCACCUCCGAAGCCAGAUUUGCUCCCCAACAUAAUCGGCUGGUAUCCCACGUUCGUCCUGCGGUUCGCCCGCAAUCUCAUUGCAACCGUUAUUUACCUGAUAUGGAGUCAGUUUUUGAUGAUGGGGCCGGCAUUGUGGCUGUCCGCUUGGCUGUGGGUGUUCUGGAAGUGCGUUCAGAUACCGUUAUCGUUCGUGAAGUGGAUAAUUACUUGGGCCAUCACACCAUCGAGCGAGAUGAACAGGAAAAAACGGACCGUACUCAUAAGUGGAGGGAGCUCUAUACAGGCUUUACACCUUGCGAGAAAUUUUUAUGCCGCCGGUACAAGAGUCGUGGUAGUCGAACUGGAGGGUCUUUUCGGGCUGGCCAAGUUUUCAACUGCUGUCGAUAAGUUUUAUUUCGUUCCCAAACCGUCCGGGGACCGCGCCGAGCAAUAUAAAGAAGCUCUGGCCGAUAUCGUACUGAAAGAACGUGUCUCGUACUACAUCCCAGUAUGCGCCACGUCGACCGCGUACUACGACGCUCUUGUGAAACCUUAUUUGGAAAGGUUGGGCGUGACAGUUUUCUGUCCUUGCUUAAGAGAUGUCUGCUUGUUAGACGACGUAAUCGAAAUGAUGAGACAAUGUCGACUGGAAGGUCUCCGGACUCCGGAACACUACCCGGUCUAUUCGAGGGAGGACGUGUACCGGUUGUACGACGAGGAUAAACUCAGAGCUGGCAUGUUUCUCAUGUUCUCCUGCGGCCCCUCGGGAGUACGGGACAGGAUGAAAGUCCUACUUCCUCAAGUAAAACGAGAAUUCUCCGCACCGCACUAUAUAUCACUGCAGCGUCCCUGGGUGAUAGUUAAGGACUACCCGGGCGAUCAUUAUAUUACCUGCACCACGGUUAAAGAGUCCCGCGUAGUGGCAAACGUGACCUGCAAAUUAGAAUCGUCCGGUGGGAACAUGGCACCCGUCGAAAAUGAAGAGAUCGACCGGUGGAUAGACAAGAUCCUCCAGUCGGCAAAGUUCGAGAAGACUAUGUCGGGUCACAUGAGCUUCAGAUUCGUCGAUUCUGCAAAUGGACUCGUCCCCCUCGGCUGCAGGGUGGGCGUGUCUCUUCCCUACAUCUGCCACACAUCGGUCCACGCCAGGUUGGUUUGGAAGCCGUGUCGGCACUUUUCGCGACAAGCUUCCGGGCCGGUCAUUUCAUCCAGUGGGAGAUACUGGAUGCACGAAGCAGUCAUACAAACCCUCAAACACCCCUCGGUCGAAUCCGUCACCGACCUCCUCGGGACAGUCAUGGACAAGCGGGAGGCCCUUUUCGCCUACUGGGACCCUCUACCGUAUUGCGCAUAUUAUCACAUUCAGCUACCUCUGACCAACGUCCUCAGGUUUUUGCAAGGAAGGAGGAAUACGUUUCACACAUUCUGAUUGAAAAUCAGACAAUUCCCCCUCUGCACUGCAUCAGUGCCUUUACUAAUCUCCCACGGUAGAAAAAGACUGAUUUUUUUGUUUUAAGUUUUAUUUAUGAGUUACAUUAAUUUAUAUUGUAUUAACAAUGAUUUAGGAAGAAAUCUUUAAAAACGACUUGAAAAUAAUUGUCAAUUGCCUUGACUGUUUAAAUGGUGUUAUGAGGCGGUUUUUAAAGCGAUGAUUUGUACUAUUCAACGUCGAUUUUUGUUCGGCAUAAAA